AACUGAACGCACGCGCAAUAAAUAUGCGAAAUUAUUUGGAAUGAGCUAUGGGAAUACGACUCUGGUCUUCUAUUCCUCUGCACUUUGAGGUUUUAGUCGGAUCAAACAUGCGGCGCCUGGUCGAAUAUCAAUUGCAGCACCAACCACCAAUAAUCCUGGAGCAUUUGAGAAGCCCAACUAAAAUCGUAGAGCGUCCAGCUUGAUGCCAACAAGAACUCGUUAUCUACUUGUACUUAUCCAGAUAGCGUAAAAUCUUGGAGGGAAACGAAGGGACCUUGACUGCCAAUUCUAGUUACCACCUUUCAAAGGGUUCCGUAGCGACACGUAGUGGAACGCACCAAGGUCGCCAGCAACAUAUCAUCCACCAAGUAUCGUGAUUAAAAGAUAUCUCAAAUAGAAGCCUGCUUCCUUCCACACCAUACUCAUUCCGAGGUCGAAGCAGUGCUGAUGUCGACACCGACUCUUUACCCAGGGCAUGCGUGCAAGUUCUAAGGGGAAUAGAAAACUCCAUUGGCUCGACUUGAGGCGUCAGCUAGCGUCAGAAUAGUAGUUAGCUAGGGGAUAUUCGAAAUAUCGCAAAUCUAGAUAUGAAUCAUUUCUCCUAAGUAAUCAAGUCGUCGCGUCUAUAAUAUAGGAGGUUGGCUCUACAUUGAUACAUUGAAAUUGUAGGUUGGGGGUUGAUGAGAACGGGCUGACUGAA